AUGGACAAAUUUUCCAUCUGUUCCCUACUAUCCUCCAUCCGCUCAAUCUACCGGAAAAACAAAACACCCUCGUCCUCAAAAUGCAGCAGUACCUCCUUCAGUCCCGUUGUUGAAACAAAAGAAGUCAUCAAAGAUGCCCCAAAUCCACAAGCCGAAGUCUACAUCCAGAAAAUCCUCUCUCUUUAUACGCAACUAUCCCAACUCGCCGAUCUUAGUCCUUCUCCUGUAACCAAUGUUUUGUUUUCAGAACUUGUGGGAACAUGUAUCACUGUUGUUCCUGACUUAAUUUCGAAAUUGGUGCUCAGCGACCCACGAAUUUCCAGCAUCUUGCCUUCGCUUCGCGACAUCUGUUCAACCGCUGAAGCAUGCAUGGAAUCCCACUGGGCAAAAGCAAUCUCUAGCAGUGAAACUCAUAAGGAUGCCCAUUGCAUCCUCUCCACCUUCCCCUACGACAAAAACUACGAACAUCUAACACGUUUUGAACUCGCCACUAUUUCAUCAACCGGUUUCACUCUCUCCCCAUCCACCAACAUCGCUUUUAUCGGCUCGGGUCCAAUGCCCCUCACUAGUCUCUGCAUCUUAUCUGCACUCUCCUCAAACCACAUGACAUACAACAUCACACCCCCUUCAUCUAUUUCCCCAACCCCACAAUAUCCAACCUCUAUCACCAAUAUCGACAGUAACCCUCUCGCCAAUACCCAAGCUCAAGCCCUAUGCAAAUCACUCGGUGGACUUCCAUCCACCGGAAUGAAAUUCAUUACGUCAUUAGCUGGAUCUAAUGAUCUCGAUCUCUCGAGUUAUGAGAUCGUAUGGUUAGCGGCUUUAGUGGGAGGCACCCAGGAGGAUAAAGAGAACAUUUUGCAAAAUGUGGUGGGGAAGAUGAGGAAGGGGAGUUUGUUGGUUAUGAGAGGGGCGUGGGGGUUGAGGAGUGUGCUUUAUUGUGAUUUCGACGUCACAACCCCAGCAGUAACUCAACAUCUCGAUAUCUGCGUCCGCAUGGACCCAUUCGGCGAUGUGGUAAACUCUGUCAUUGUAGGGAGAGUGAGAUAA